CACCACAUCAGAGAGUGCAGCCACUCUAACAGCUGGGAUCUCCCUGCUUAAACGGCUUCUCCCACCUGGUGCUUUCUUUGGGCGCGAAGACCAUGGUCCACAGGCAGUCAUGACAGAUGACUGUUCAGCUCUGCGACAGGCACUUGCCACUGUCUACCCUGGAGCAAGCAUACUUUUGUGCACCUUUCAUCUGCUCCAGGCGAUGUGGAGAUGGCUGUGGAAUGGCAUAAAAAAAGAAGAACGCCCACAGCUGCUAAAUGGAUUCAGAGGUCUUGUGUAUGCCAGAACAGCGGAAGACCUGUCUGCAGCCUAUGCCACGCUGUCUGCAGAUCCCCUGGCAUCAAAACACAAGAACUUUAUGAAACACUUGCUGGAGGUGUAUGGGAGGCGGCAGGAGUGGGCACUGUGCUUGCGGGUCCAUUUGCUAACCCGUGGCAACAACACCAACAACUAUGUUGAAAGUGCAAUGAAGAUUGUCAAAGACAAGGUCCUUCACAGGUUGAAGGCAUACAACCUGACCCAGCUCGUGGACUUUAUAGCCACUCGGUUUGAGGCAUACUACAUCCGCCAUCUCACUGAUUUCGCCAACAACCGGGUGAAAAACCUUACAGCCCCCAAGUGUGGUGAUGUGGACUGCCAGAAAAUUGUCCGGGAGGAUGAAGUCAAUUUUACGGUGCCCAGCGCAUCAACUGGUGGUUGGUACCACGUCAAUACAGGACUGAGCUGCUGCACCUGCCCUGUUGGCCAAACUGGCGCACCUUGCAAGCACCAGAGUGCAGUGGUACAAACAUUUGGUGAGGGACCACUCCAGAUGACUGGUUUGAAAGCUUGAUUUAUGAACAGCCUGUGGAGCCAAAGUCAGUGUUGCAAGAGUGCAUGGAUGGAGAAUCUCUUGCUCCAGCAUCGAAGAUCAUCUCAGGUGAAACUGGCUUUAAAGAAAAAUAAAUUGGCGCAUAAACCACAAAAAAAUGUCAAGGCCAUGAUAAAACUGUGUUCCAUAAGACCAAAGUAUAGCGGUAG